CUUCGCAACGGAUGCGACAGAAUAGGAAAGAGAAAAAAAGAGACAGAGAGAGCGAGAAAAAGAAGAGGCCCUAAAAUAACAGGGCAGAAUACGUUAGCUGACGAAGCAAAGAGGAUCAUGCCAGUAGAUACCAGAGUGUUGUGUUGGUUGGACCGAAGCAGUGACGAAUAUGACAUCCGGAAACAUGAUUUCACCUGAAGGUUGGACCGAAGCACAUAUGAUAUAAAAUCUCUCGUUGGAUCAAAGUUCGACGGAAAAUAUCGUGAUUAAUCGACAGUAAUUGAAUACGACUUUAGAUUAAUUAUUGAUGUCAGUAUUAGCGUAGUAUUGUAAUAAAAGAGAAAUCCAGUGAAGAUAAAAAACAGUGAAGAUAAAAAGAAGCAGAAAAAGAAAAUGAACCAAGAAGGAAUGCAACAAAACUUCGAACAAAUUUCUAAUCCUCCGCACUGUUGGCCAUGUUUGCUAAAUUGUCCAUCUUACUCAUCUCAUAUAACAAAUGAUAACGCCGGACAGCAGAAGCCGCACAUCAAACGACCUAUGAAUCCAUUCAUGGUGUGGUCUAGCGAAAGGCGCAAGGAGAUCGCCAAGGAAAAUCCGAGGAUGCACAACUCGGAUAUUUCGAAGCAGCUGGGCGAGGAGUGGAAGAACCUGCCCCAAGAAACGAAACAGCUAUUCAUCGACAAAUCGAACCAGUUGCGGGAAGACCACAAGAAACAAUAUCCGGAGUAUAGAUAUCGUCCCCGAAAGAAAAUCCAAACGGUCAUGCUUCAACCCGCUCAAGAAUCCUUACAUCAGGGACCUUCUAGUGACUAUAUUAGUGGACAUCCUAACCCUGUGUCCCUUAAUUUUAUUUCUCCCACCUUCAAUAAUAACUAUCUGCCGCCGGUUUUAGUUUCAUCGAUACAUCCACAUUACGCCUCAUAUAAUCCUGAGGAGCAGCAAAUUAAUUAUUUGCCGUCAAAUUGUCCUUCGUAUCAGCUUUAAGAAUACUCACAAGAUCACUUGCUUGAUACCAAAACAUACUGCUAUCUCAUUCUUUUACCAAUAACGACUUUUGCCAACAAUAACGCGUUAUUUAUAAAUCUUACAAUUAUAAGCUAAUUUAUUCAAGUCUUUUUGUGAUCAUUUAAGAUAAUAUAUUCAUAAAUAUUUAGCAGUAAGUUUAUGAUUAUAUUAUA